AUGCCUUCCUCUUCGCACCAUUCCUCCUCCUCCUCCCACCACCACGGUCACGGCCAACAACAUGUGCGCUCCCCACCGCAGCCCGCCACACCCUCCGCCGGCUCCGUCGCCGACAACCGCCUGGGCCUCUCGCCGCAAGACAUCGCCACCCUCCGCCAGCACCAGCAGCUCGCCCACGCCCAGGCUCGCAGUCCCGCCGGCUCGCAGGCCAGCAGCCAGGGCCGAUUGCUGCUCGACCCGGGCAGCCUGCAGUUGCUCUCGCGGCAUUUCGACCACGUCAUGCAGGCCAUCUCGCAGCGUCUCGAACAGCUCAAUCAAGCCACCGAACGCGCUACCCAAGCGCAAUACGACCGCUCCGGCAACGCCAUCCAAAUGGCCGACGCGGAAAUCGCUCGCUUCCGCAAUAUCCUGCACCAGAUCGACGAGCUCGAGACGGAAUUCGAUAAGAUCAAGCGCAUCAGAGAGAUUGUGAGGGGCUUCCGCUUGAGGGUCGAACAUUUGGAACGGAGGAUUGGGUGA